AUGGGGGUCAAGACGCUACCAGAUACAGAUCUCAGCAAAAAGAAUUCUUCUGAGAGCCCCAAUUGUGCCAAAAGCAUCUUGACCUCAGAUAGGCUCCAGGUGGUUGUGAUGCUUUCAGAGUUCUUUAAUGAGACGUGGGAAGCAGCCAACUGUGCAAAUUGCUUAAAGAACAACAGUGAGGGCUUAUCAAAUUCUACUGAAGAAUUCCUGGAUUUAUUCAAUAAAUCUCUGACAUGUUUUGAACAAAACCUGCAGGGAGAAACACUCGAUCUGUCGUCAAAUAACUACACAGAAGUGUGUAAAAACUGCAAUGCCACCUACAGAAUGUUGAAUGACCGGUACAACUACCUGCAGCGGCUGAACAGGCAAGGUGGCGAGUCGGGACACUCGGCACACUUGUGUAUCGACGUGGAAGAUGCAAUGAACAUCACUCGGAAGCUCUGGAGCAGGACUUUCAACUGCUCGGUUCCCUGCAGCGACACAGUCCCAGUGAUUGCAGUUUCAUCCUUUAUCCUGUUCUUGCCUGUUGUUUUUUACCUGAGCAGCUUCCUUCACUCCAAGCAGAAGAAGCGCAUACUGAUUCUGCCCAAGCGUAUCCAGUCAAAUGCCAGUCUUGUGAACAUCCAAGAAAAAUACAGCUGAGCUG